AUGAAAUCUUGCUCCGAAGUACCACACAUCAUUAUUGCACUCAUCAAGAAGCCCGUCACACACUUCAAAUUGGCUCCGAAAUUUAUACGCUCUGACAAUGCCAAGGAAUACACCGUGAAGCCCCUCUUGGAUUACCUCGAUUCCGUUGGUUCUCAAAUAAUCUUUACUUCACCAUACACGCUGGAACAAAAUGGAGAAGCCAAACGUCUGAACAGAACACUGGGUGAUAUUGCGCGCACGACACUGGCUCAUUCUGGAAUGCCUUCAACACUUUGGUCUGACGUGUAUCAUUGCGCAUGUUACUUGAUCAACGCGGCUGGACCUGUUUUCUUGUUGGUUAUCAGGACAACAAACGAGGGUGGUUAUUUUGGAACCUGGCUACUCAGAAAAAUUCUGACACUGGGACAAGAACGCACGAAGGAGGUGUGCAAGGAGCAAGACAGCCAGGUGGAUCUUCUUCAGGCGACAUCUGAUGCCGACAUCCCAACCACUCUGCGACAUGCGCUACGUUCUCCGGCAGGUGAUCAGUGGCGUAAGGCGUGCAUCUCUGAAUGGGAUCAAUUGACUGAGAUCAAUACUUUCGACAUCGUGGACAAACUCGGAAAACGUUUGAUUGGAACAAUGUUUGUUUUUGACAUCAAGCAAAACACAGACGGCUCAGGUAACAGAUUGAAGGCUAGAUUUGUUGUGCAAGGUUUCAAACAACGACUGGGCAAAGACGUUCGAUCAACUUUUGCUCCAACGGCAUCACUAUUGACCCUUUGGAUUUUGCUUACUCUAGCGGCCAGGAAUAAGUGGAUUAUCAAUUCUUUCGAUAUUACCGGUGAAUUCAUCCACAGUCCAAUAGAAGAAACCAUCUAUGUUGAUCCCCCUGCAGAACUCUUUCCUCAUUUGGAGGGGAAGGUUCUUAAUCUCCAGAAGGCUUUGUAUGGUACCCGACAAGCCAGUCGUUGCUGGUGGAAGCAUUUCAAAGGCUUACUCCACGGUUGCGGCUUUGAGUGUGACGAAGUGGAGGAGUGUUUGUACAGAUACAAAAAAGACGACUCUGUUAUCAUUGUUUGGAUACACGUCGAUGAUGGUAUUGUAUUCGGAAACAAUCAGAAGGACAUUGAUAUUCUGCGGCAAAACAUGGAUCAAGCUCUUUGGCUCAAAUGGGAUUCUAAACCGGAUAAGCUUGUAGGAAUCAGACUUGAAUACAAGGAAAAUGCCAUCUUUCUCAGCCAACAUUUGCUCAUCGACCAAAUAUUAGAAAAAUACAAGAAGGAAGUCAAAGCCGAUUUGAUUACAACUCACACGCCUUUGACCGGAGACAAUAUAACCACAUCAACGGGGGAAACUGUCUUGGCGACCUUAUAUCAGUCUUUUAUUGGAUCAAUCAACUAUCUCGCGCUUGGGACUUGA